CCCGGCCCGCGCCCGCCGAGUCGCUCCCUCUGGGCGUCCCGCCGGGGUCCGGCCCGGGGGCGGGGGCCGCGGCCGCCGAGGAUGGGGAAAUCCAACAGCAAGUUGAAGCCCGAAGUUGUGGAGGAGCUGACCAGGAAAACCUACUUUACGGAGAAAGAAGUCCAGCAGUGGUACAAAGGCUUCAUCAAGGACUGCCCCAGCGGGCAGCUGGACGCCGCGGGCUUCCAGAAGAUCUACAAGCAGUUCUUCCCAUUUGGAGACCCCACCAAGUUCGCCACGUUCGUGUUCAACGUCUUUGAUGAGAACAAGGAUGGCCGGAUUGAGUUCUCGGAGUUCAUCCAGGCGCUGUCGGUGACCUCGAGGGGGACGCUGGACGAGAAGCUGCGGUGGGCCUUCAAGCUGUAUGACUUGGACAAUGACGGCUACAUCACCAGGAACGAGAUGCUGGACAUUGUGGACGCCAUUUACCAGAUGGUGGGGAACACGGUGGAGCUCCCGGAGGAGGAGAACACCCCCGAGAAGAGGGUGGACCGGAUCUUCGCCAUGAUGGACAAGAACGCUGACGGGAAGCUGACGCUGCAGGAGUUCCAGGAGGGCUCCAAGGCCGACCCCUCCAUCGUCCAGGCGCUGUCUCUCUACGACGGGCUGGUAUAGUCCAGGCCCAGAGCUGGGAUGCCUGAGAACUGCCCGAGUCCUCCCGUGCCACAAGGCCGCCUCGACACCGCCCUCCUGUGUCCACCCAGCCUUUCUCCGCGCCCACACCCGCCGGGCUGCCUCGGAUGGCGAGGCCCCUCCGCCCCCCCGCCCUGCACCCACCCGCCGCCUGAAGCCACUGGCUCCAAUUGCCAACAACCUCUGCUUGUCCAGAAAACAACACGAAACGGAAAAGGCUCCAGCCCUCUGCAAAACCAAGGACUCAGCUGCUUCGUGGGCAGCAGCCGGCCCCCAGAUCCCCCGCGCGUGUGCUUUUGUUUUUUUAUUUCAAACAGACAUUGAAAAAAACCCCCACGUCCUUCUAUUCUAGAAGAUUCAGACUGACAGAUGGGGAGAAGGCCUCUCAGACCUCGGAGAACUCUGCUUUGUCCUUCCACCACCAGAGAGGCCACGGAAGUCACGGCCUGGCUGCGGGUGGGCUCGCGUGUCCGGGGCUGCUUAGUGGACGUUACAGGUUGACCUGCCUUCGAGCCACCGACCACCUGCCCGUCCUGGAGGGUCGAUCAUGAUGAUGACGAUUUUCUCUGAUAACAGUAUUGUGUUUUUUGUGGGGAAAGUGAGCUUUGUUUUUUUUUUAUAUACAUAUAUAACUGAUAUCUGUUA